AUGGCUUCUAGUAGUAAAGCUAGUGUAGAGGCUAUGAAACAAGCAAAGAAAGAAGACAAUUACCUGCCCAAUUAUUGGAGAAAGAAUUUCUAUAAAUUUCUUGUUCCUGUGGAUGAUUUAACAAAGACGGCUAUAACAAAAGUUGUCCACGACACAUGGAGAGAAGAUCUGGUGGGAAAAGGAUUAGAUGCCAACGAUUUAGCUCUGUUAGGUCAUAGGAGACUGGAAGUUAUAGAAGUGCACAGGGUGGAGAAUCCGGUUGUGUUUGGCAGAUACCAAAAAGCGAAAAACGAUUUACUGGACAAAACGAUAGCUCUAAACGAGCCAAGUCGUCGUAUUGUCAGCAUCCAUGACUCAUCCAAUGGCGAUCCUAAUACAACCAGUCUUCUGGCAGAUUUCUUGAAAAGGGAUCUCUGUCCUGAGAUUAACGAAUGCUAUGUUUUGCAUGGAACUAAGACCGACAGAAUUGGAGCGCUAUCAGAAAAUGGACUGAGAACAAAAAACGCAAAUCCCAACGCCAUGUUUGGUAAAGGGAUAUACACGACGGACAGCUCAACAAAAGCUGAUCAAUACGCAGAUGAAUGUAAACUGUCAGGCCCUCCGUGUAUGAGGUGCUUGCAAGACGUCUGCGAUUGUAAUUUUACCAAGUUUGACUCUGUUCUGGGAGAGCACAAGUUGAGGUUUAGAGAGUUUGUGACCUAUGACGAAGACAAAAUAUACCCAGAAUACAUUAUCACUUACAAACGAAGGAAAUAA